UAUGGGGUACAGGGACAUCAGCAUACCCAUAGUAAUAUCUCGUCGACUUCUGAAUUGAGUGAAUUGCGUGAAAUGCUGAAAAAGCAGUAGCAACAAUUAAAUCAAUUAACUCAAAGUGUGGCUCAGAUUCAAAAUCCCCCUGUACGGUCGCAAGCAUCUAGGCUGAGUCAGAUUAUUUGUAGAAGGUGCCAGCAGCCUGGUCAUUUUGCCAGAGAUUGCGAUCGGGAACGGAGGCCUUCCCAUUUUCCCGCCUCGCGUGUAGAUACAGCAUCAACUAGGGGUGGGCAGUCACAGUCCAGGCAACCGUCGGAAAACUAGUUCCCGCUGAGCUGCGGAGCCACAGCUUGGUCGGGGAAAGGACAGGCUCGGGUGUUUUUGGUAAUUUAGAUUUUAUGUCUCGUCUCAUGUCAAAGUGUCCGCAACUCGACGUGUGUAUGGGUGGGGUGAGUGUACCUUGCCUGGUGGACACUGGCUCUAUGGUGUCCACCAUUACGGAGAGUUGUUUCGUGACAAAUUUUGGGUCGAGGGGUCAAGAACAACUUAGGUCGUGCCAUUGGUUACAGCUUCGGGCCGCCAACGGUCUUUCAAUUCCUUACAUUGGUUAUUUGGAACUUGACGUACAGCUUUGUGGGCGGGUAAUUUUGGGUUGUGGAGUGCUGGUUGUCAAAGAUCCUCCAGGUAGUUUGUGUGCUCGGGUUCCUGGGGUUCUUGGAAUGAAUGUCCUGAGCUGCUGCUACCGGGAGCUCUUUGGCCAGCAUGGCCCAAGUCUUUUUGAUUUACCCGGUGUGUCACAGGCCCCAAAUUCGGUUUUUCAGGCACUACAGUAUUGCCAUCACGUUGAAAUUCAAUCAAGUCCAAAUCAGGGGGGUCGAGUUAAGGUGCGGGAACAUCGGACGUGUCGCAUCCCAGGGGGCACCAUGAAAUUGGUUGCCGUAACAUGCUCUGCGCAAUACUCAAGCGGUACGGUACUUUUUGAGCCACCAGAUACUGGUCUUCCAGCCGGUUUGUUGGCAUCUCCUGCUUUGGUACAAGUGGACCGGGGUACAGCCUAUGUGCCUGUGGUCAAUGUAGGCACAAUGGAUGUAAUGAUGUAUGCUAGUACAGUUAUAGGCACUAUUAAUCACGUUUACGUGGUUAGUUUACCCCCAGGGGUCACUGAGGUUCAGGAGGUUUCGGCUAGGGUGAGUUCUCAAUUAGUGGAGGCGUCCCCUUCGGUGCAGGAGCAGAUUAGUGAAAUCGAUUUAUCUGUGCUGUCAGUGGAGGAGCAAUCCAAGGUAAGGACCCUAUUGCAUAAGUACUCGUCUGUGUUUUCCUUGCAUGAUGGGGAUUUAGGAUGUACCAAUCUUAUUUCACACGAGAUCCCUUUGUUUGAUGAGGUCCCUGUGCGGCAGCGAUACAGGCGUAUUCCCCCCUCUGAGUACGAGGUAGUGAAGGCACACAUUAACCAGUUGUUGGAAGCUCGCAUAAUUCGAGAAAGCUGUAGUCCUUACGCUUCACCUAUCGUUUUGGUUAAGAAAAAGGACGGUAGUCUACGCAUGUGCGUGGACUACCGUCAUUUAAAUUCAAAGACACGGAAGGAUGCUUUCCCCCUGCCCCGUAUUGAGGAGACGUUGGACUCGCUGGCAGGGGCCUGUUGGUUCUCCACCAUGGACCUUGCCAGCGGGUACAAUCAGGUCCCGAUAAGUGAGGUAGACCGCCCAAAGACAGCUUUCUGCACUCCGUUCGGGCUUUUUGAAUGGAAUCGGAUGCCAUUCUGGCUGUGCAACGCCCCCAGCACCUUUCAGAGAUUGAUGGAACGGUUGUUUGGGGACCAACAGUGCCAGUCCCUCCUUUUGUACCUUGAUGAUAUUGUUGUGUUUUCCUCCUCAGUUGACCAACAUUUAGCUCGAAUGGAGGUAGUUUUACAUCGGUUGUGCAGGGAAGGGUUGAAGGCCAAAUUGUCAAAGUGUGCCUUUUUCAGACGAGAGGUGCAGUACUUGGGUCAUGUGAUUUCGUCAGAAGGGGUCUCCACAGACCCAGGUAAGAUUGAGGCAGUUUCUAGCAGUUUUUUGAGACUAGUAUGUCAGGGUUGCAGUCAUUUUUGGGGUUUGCUAGCUAUUACCGCCGAUUUGUGGAGGGGUUUGCGAAGUUGGCCGCCCCCCUCCACAGAUUGGUGGCUGAGCUGGCAACUCCAAAGCGGGCAAAGCGUGAGUGUCAGGAGUUCGCGGAGGCGUGGUCUACUGAGUGCCAGAGUAGCUUUGAGGAGUUAAAGUGUAGACUGACAACAGCCCCUGUACUUGCCUAUGCUGACUUUACACUCCCUUUUAUUUUGGAGGUAGAUGCCAGCCAUGGAGGUUUGGGGGCAGUUCUUUCACAAGAACAACAAGGUAAGGUGCGUCCCAUCGCUUAUGGUAGUCGAGGUUUGAGGCCCACUGAGCGCAAUACUUCUAAUUACAGUUCUAUGAAACUGGAAUUUCUUGCGCUCAAGUGGGCCAUGACAGAGAAAUUCCGCGAAUAUCUAUUAGGACAGAAGUGUAUAGUCUACACUGACAAUAACCCCCUUAGCUACCUGACCUCAGCCAAGUUGGGUGCCAUGGAACAACGUUGGGCUGCCCAGUUGGCUGCUUUUGACUUCGAGCUGAAAUAUAGGUCAGGUAAGAGCAAUCGCAAUGCUGACGCUCUGUCCCGUCAAAACCCCCCUGGGGUAGCAGAAAUUCAGGAUUGGUACCUGGGUGCUGCUGUUCCAGCUGCCUUGCUUCAAGCUGGCCAAGAGGGAUUGGUGACUCAGGUAAAUCAAA